AUGACAGGCAAUCCGGAGAUUUGGUCAGCUACAACUGGUGUUCUCGGGCUAUUAUUGAUAUCCCUGAAUACCGCACCAGCAACACUCAAUGUUGUUCACCGGCUGUCAAAACGAUCCCAGCCGAUCCGCCUGGAAACGCUGUUAAUCGCCAAACCGGGGUAUCAAGAUGAGGAUGGAGAAGCUACGGAGUCAUCCUUGCUUAGCUUCGCUGAUUCCUGGCAGAGAGUGACGAUCGCGAUAUUAUCUGUGGUCGGAUUAGAACUGUCGCUCGCGCUGGCAAUUCUUUGUCUCGAGACUGGUCAGAGCUACUUUAUUAUUCCUUUCUGGUUACUCUUGGGUUGCUGGGCUUUGCUGUGCUUGCAAUCUGUUGCCUUUUUUACAGAGCCCUCGACAGUAGAGCGUUAUCGGCUUAGCAUCUAUUCGUUCUGGACGAGCGCACUCACGGUCGCGGUGCCCUGCAUCGAACUCUGCCUGUUUUGGUCAGCCGGUUACGACGCCAACCCAGGACAUGCGCAGACAGGGCUUCUUGCCAGCCAAAUUGUAGCAGCCUUCCUACGCGGCCUUUGCUCGAUCCUAAUCCCCCGACGGCCGAACGUGUACCACGAUGGACAAAUCGUUGAUCAGGAGCUCACGUAUAGUGUAUACAGUCGAUUCACCUUCAGCUGGGUCAAUGACCUGAUGAAGUAUGCCGCAGAGAACAAUAGCCUCGAAAUUGAUAGUCUACCGAAGCUGCCGUUCGCCGUUCGUGCUGAGAAUUUAUACACUCGUCUUGAGCAGACUCGCCAGUCCCGCAAACUGUGGAAGGCACUGGUGCUCGGAAAUAUGCGACCGCUGAUUUGGCAGGCUGUGCUAAGCUUGAUUACUUGUGUGUUGAGCUUCGGACCACAGAUAGCAAUGUAUGGAAUCUUGAAGGCACUAGAAGAGCGCUCAGUGGGGCUCGGAAAUAGCCUCCAUGCGUGGUUAUGGGUGGCAGCUUUGGGGGUGGUUAUUGUUGUGUCCUACAGCAUUGAGUCGUGGUUGUGGUGGAUUAUAUCCUCGCAGCUUUGGGUUCCGAUCUACGAGGGGCUUUCGUCUAUCAUAUUCGCCAAAUCGAUACGCUGCAAGGAUGUCAAGGGCAUGAAACCGACAAAGGACGACAGUACACCUGAGGAUGAAGGGGCACAAGAGGAAAAGGGCCGUCAGAGUAUCAUGAACCUAGCAGCAGUAGAUUCGAAGCGAGUUGCCGAUUUUGCAACGUUCAACUAUCUCAUUCCCUCGUGUAUUAUGCGGCUUCUGCUAGCUGCUGGGUUCUUGGCUCAUUUACUUGGAUGGAAAAGCCUCCUGGCUGGAUCAUCUGUCUCACUGGUGAUAACUCCUUUAAAUACGUUUGUGACGAAGCGGUACUCUGCUGCGCAGCAGGAGUUCAUGAAGGCUAACGACAAGCGCACUUCCACCGUUACUGAGGUACUUCAAGGCAUCCGACAGAUCAAGUUCGCUGCUCUUGAGCAACAGUGGCAGGAUCGUAUCAAUGAAAAGCGUCGUGUUGAACUCGAUCUUCUGUGGAAGACUUCUCUUUGUACUACUGCGUUGGUGACGGUGUGGAUACUGGGACCAUUGAUGCUUUCCGCAGUUUCUUUGACUGUAUACGCUUUGACCUACGGUGACCUUCCUGCCUCGGUCGCAUUUACUGCUCUCUCGGUUUUUGGAAACCUUGAAUCCGCAAUGGCUGGCCUGCCGGACCUUAUAUCUAAAGGUAUGGAAGCCAAAGUCAGCUCUGAUCGCAUCGACGAGUAUCUCUCGUCCGCUGAAAAAGUGCCUCAUACGAGCGACGUCGAUGAGAUCUCUUUCGAAAGUGCUACAAUUGCAUGGCCUAGUCAAGAGGAAGGGACUCCCAAGCUUCCGGAGAUGGAUGACAGUUUUGUGCUUCGCAACUUGAAUCUGAAAUUCCCACCGAAAGGACUGAGUAUAGUUGCAGGAAGGACUGGGUCUGGAAAGAGUUUACUUCUUGCCGCCAUCUUGGGUGAAUGCGACAUUAUACAAGGUUCAAUAGCAGUUCCCCACGCACCUUCUCUAGAAGAACGACAAGACGAUCGAGCGACCCGUGACAACUGGAUUAUCGAUACGGCCCUAGCUUAUGUAGCGCAGAACCCAUGGAUGGAGAAUGCGACUAUUCGGGAAAAUAUCCUCUUCGGUCUACCAUACAACUGGCGGAGGUAUCGAAAGGUCUUGAAGGCAUCAGGGCUGGAAAAGGACCUCACAAUCCUACCCGACGCAGACAUGACUGACAUUGGUGCUAAUGGUAUAAACCUAAGUGGUGGACAGCGUUGGCGUGUUUCCUUUGCCCGGGCUUUGUAUUCCCGCGCAGGCAUUCUCGUGAUGGAUGAUAUCUUCAGUGCACUGGAUGCCGAAACUGGGCGUCAUGUGUAUGAGCAUGGGCUUACAGGAGAGCUGGCACAGAAUCGCACCAGAAUUCUUGUUACCCAUCAUGUCGGAUUAUGUCUUCCUCGGACCGACUAUUGUGUUCUUCUCGAGAAUGGCUAUAUGACGCACGCUGGCACAGUGGAACAAGUGCGCGCUGCACAUGGCUUAACCGAGUUUCUUCAUGGCUUGAAUGCUGAGAUGAGGGAUUUAAAGGACAGGGAAAUUGCUCGAGACGCGUCUUUUAGGAAGCGCUCGUCUGUUGGUCCUCCACCUGCAACUGAGAGCCACACCCCAAAGCAAUUCACGCAGGAUGAAGAUCGCGCAACAGGGUCAAUACCCCUGAAGGUAUAUACCGCAUAUAUGACGAAGGGGAAUAGCUGGCUAGCAUGGACAUUCACAAUCCUGAUGUAUGCUGGCUUUAUGGCUCUCUUAGUCGGUCGGUCCUGGUGGGUGAGUCUCUGGACAAGUCCUAAGCCUGUAUCCUCCACGGAGGAGUCAACGACAAUAUGGGAAGAUACGAUAGAUCGGUUCAAGGCCGUUCAAGUCGACAAUGAUCUCAUGUUUUAUCUCGGCGUCUACCUAGCCUUGUCGGCUGCGGCCUGUGUCAUCGGCGCUCUGCGACAGUUUGCAAUCACUUACGCAUCGCUUCAAUCGUCACGUCAACUCUUUCAAGACUUACUCGCAGUCGUCCUCCGGGCACCCAUGCGCUGGCUCGACACGGUGCCUCUUGGUCGGAUAUUGAACAGGUUCACGUCCGACAUCUAUACGGUGGACUGGCGACUUGCCUUUGAUCUCGGACAUUUUGUGUACAAAGCACUGGAGCUUGCCAGCAUCAUGGUGGCCGGUCUUCUGGUAUCGCCACUACUUCUUGUAUUCGCCUUUUUGUUGUUGCUUUUCUGCCUUUACCUAUCGAACUCAUAUCUCGCCGGGGCGAGAGAAUUGAAACGCUUGGAAAGCAAUUCGAAGAGUCCCGUCAUGGAGCUGUUCGACUCCAGUCUUGCAGGCCUCACAACAAUUCGUGCGUUCAACAAGGCAGACGUGUACAUUCGGAAGAUGUACUCAAAACUCGACCGCCACGCCCAAACUGUGUGGAACUCAUGGCUCUUUAAUAGGUGGCUCUCCUUCCGGAUGAGCAUUGUCGGCGCUGUUUUCUCAACAGGAGCCGCUGCACUGGUCGUGUAUGUUCCCACUAUACCUGCAGCACUGGCAGGUUUUGCAAUCAGCUUCGCCCUGCAAUAUAAUUACGCCGUGUCUAUGGGCCUCCGCUUCUACGCUGAAAUGGAGAUGGACAUGAACGCUACCGAGCGUGUACUGGAAUACUCCACUAUCGAAACAGAAGACCAAGGAGGCUACGAGCCACCAGCUGCAUGGCCAUUGCGUGGACGCGUGGAGGUCGAGGACUUGGUAGUCAGCUAUGCGCCUGACCUCCCACCUGUCUUGAAUGGACUUAGUUUCAAUAUGCAGCCCAACCAGCGAGUUGGUGUCGUGGGCCGCACUGGAGCCGGAAAGUCCUCGCUAACUCUGGCACUGUUCCGAUUCCUAGAGGCUAGAGAAGGUCGUAUCAUCAUUGAUGGUCUGGAUGUAUCCAGGAUGACUCUCCAGGCACUCCGCAGCCGCUUGGCCAUCAUCCCUCAGGAUCCAGUUUUAUUCUCCGGAACAGUGAGAUCCAACCUGGAUCCCUUCCAUGAGUACACGGAUACGGAGCUGUACAAUGCGCUGGAACGCGUGCACCUCCUUUCGUUCGAAGACGCUAUUACACUCGCCUCCCAGUCCUAUCAUGGCUCGUCUAGUGGUAGCGACACCGUAGCAUCAAUACCUAUGUCACCCACUGGUGGACCUUCAAAACCUUCUAGUUUCUUCACAUCCUUAGCCUCCCCCAUAUCCGAGGGUGGACUCAAUCUCUCUCAAGGCCAGCGCCAGCUCCUUUGUCUCGCUCGUGCUAUCGUCGCACAACCCAAGAUCAUGAUCCUAGACGAAGCUACAUCCGCCGUCGACAUGGAGACUGAUGCGCUUAUCCAACGCUCGAUACGGUCGGAGUUCGGACGUAAUGAGUCUUCCCUACUCGUCAUCGCUCAUCGACUUAGCACAAUCGCAGACUUUGAUCGAAUCCUUGUGAUGGACGCAGGCAAAGCAGUAGAGUUUGGGCCACCACGAGAGCUACUUGGAAUCGAGGGUGGUGUGUUCAGGAAUCUUGUCGAGAACAGCGGCGAGAGGGCAGUCCUGGAACAGAUGAUUCUCGGGAAAAGAAAUUGA